GGACGGACACGUGAACCGGAACUCAUCAAGACAAUUGAAUAGUUGUGGACCGGCUAUUUACGAGUUUUCACAAUGUCUGCGAAAUUGAACGCUUUGUGUAGCGAUUCUUACGUUGAUAUCAGUCAAUAUAGAGACCAGCAUUUUAAGGGUAAUCGCUAUGAACAGGAGAAGCUGCUGAAGCAGAGCCACACUCUGUAUGUUGGGAAUCUUUCCUUUUACACCACAGAGGACCAGGUACAUGAGCUGUUUUCUAAAAGUGGAGACGUGAAGCGCAUCAUCAUUGGUCUGGAUAAAGUCAAAAAGACGGCGUGUGGAUUCUGCUUUGUAGAAUACUACACACGUGCAGGUGCAGAAAAUGCCAUGCGCUUCAUUAACGGCACACGGCUGGAUGACCGCAUCAUCAGGACAGACUGGGACGCUGGCUUCAAGGAGGGACGGCAGUACGGACGCGGCAAAUCUGGAGGACAGGUGAGAGAUGAGUACAGACAGGACUACGACCCAGCCAGAGGCGGCUAUGGUAAGCUGGCUCAGCAGCAUCGACCCACUGAGGGACGCAAUAGUUUUUAAAAUGAACCCCACCGAAGCAGUCUACCUGACCUACAUGACGCCCCACCCUCAGUCCUGGAUCAGAUGGAUUCUUCAGUGAUGCCACUUCAUGCUAGUACAGACUGUUUGUAUCAGUUCUACCAUUAAAACUGUACAGCACGCCUGCAAGAAAUUAGCAGCUUUUAUUUAUUUCUUUUCAUUUUCUUUUCUGAAUACCUCUCUGACGUUUCAUACCUGCUGUCAGUCUUCGUGGCAGCAAAGGCAAAGCUCCAAAGUUUUUGUGAGGUUUUUAUGAUCCUGCAUACAGAAACACCAUAAAUUGCCCUGUAGGCUGGAAAGGUUAUGGCAGCAUGUAGUGUUUAGGUUGAUUAAAUGAAAUAUCAAGACAGUGAUCUUGUUGAGUGUCUGGUCAAAAUAAUACUCUGUUAAAGUAACAGAAGGGAAGCAUUUUGUCAUCUUAUUGAUUUCCUUUGCUUUUUUUAAAUAAAGAUUUGUUUUCUACA